GUCGCGUACGUCACGCCGGCCCCGCUGCGCUCACUGGCUGCGCUGCGGGGAUGCCGGGGCGAGAGGCUGAGAUGCAUCCAGUCCUAAAGGCCUUUGUGUGUGGCUCCAUCAGUGGGACUUGUUCCACACUUCUCUUCCAACCCCUUGACCUGCUGAAAACCCGCCUGCAAACUCUGCAGCCUGCUGUGAAUGGGUCUGGUCGUGUUGGGAUGGUAAAGCUCCUCUUUAGGGUUGUUCGUACUGAGAGUCUUCUGGGGCUCUGGAAAGGUGUCUCUCCAUCCUUUGCAAGAUGUAUUCCCGGUGUUGGGAUUUACUUCAGCACUUUGUACACAAUGAAGCAAAAGUUUCUAGUGGACCGUUCACCCACAGCCCUGGAGUCUGUCUUUCUGGGUGCCACCGCACGUGCAGUUUCUGGUAUCUGCAUGUUGCCAGUGACUGUAGUGAAAACCCGAUAUGAGAGUGGAAGAUUUGGCUACGGGAGUGUGUAUGGAGCUCUGAAGAAUAUCUAUCAGACAGAAGGGGCUCGUGGCAUGUUCAGUGGGCUCACCGCGACGCUGCUGCGGGAUGCACCCUUCUCUGGCAUCUACCUGAUGUUCUACACACAGACCAAAAGCCUCACGCCUCAGGACCAGCUGGAUCCAGUGCUCAUGCCCUUGCUGAAUUUUGGCUGUGGGAUCUUUGCGGGAGUCCUGGCCUCACUGGCAACGCAGCCUGCUGAUGUCAUCAAAACACACAUGCAGCUGUCCCCCCAAAAGUACCGCAGGACAAGCCAGGCCAUUGCCUUCAUCUACAAGGACUUUGGGUUGGUUGGCUUUUUCAGAGGUGGUGUGCCACGUGCCCUCAGGCGGACUCUGAUGGCAGCAAUGGCAUGGACAGUGUAUGAACAGAUGAUGGAAAAAAUGGGCUUGAAAUCUUGACUGACUUGCACAAGAAACAACCAACAUCACUCCUCCUCCUGCUUGCUGUGAUCAACCGGCACUAGGAAGUUCCCAGGUCCACAGAGGAAUAAGCCUUGCUCAGCCAGGAGGAAAAAACCCCUUCUGAGACAGGGGAUUAGGCCUUUUGGCAAGUAGAGGAAAGAAGGAUCUGAUCUUUGCAUCAUUUGAUGAAUGCAUUCCAGAAGGACUGUGCUUGCAGACUGCCAUGGGAAAUGGCAGGGCUUCCGCAGCCUUGUAACUAUGCUGAGGAAAAAGCCCCUUUUAAAUAUAGCUCUGUGCUCACCACCUUUAUGCAAUGAGACAUUGCUGAGCAAAAGUGUUUGAGGAGAAAACAGUGAUUGCGGAACCUGCCAGCCUGUUCCUUGCUGAUCUAGCCAGUAGGGCCACAGUGACCCACCGCUGAUAGAGAUUCUCCUUCCUCUUACGCUUUGUUCUCACAGGGGAAUGUUGCAGAUCACGGUGGGAGACUGGAUGUGUCUCUUCAUGCUUAUAUUGUAGGAGCGGGUGGAAGAGAAAUUAAGUGCUGAAGGAAAGCUGGGAACAUGGUCUCUGUCAUCUCUUUGUACUGUGCGUGAUAGCAGAGAAGGUGACUGGAGCCUCCUUGCCGUGUCAUGUGUUAACGUGUAAUUGAGCAUCUUAACACUCUGGAGAUGUGCUUCUGCCUCUGGAGCAGUAUUUGCACAGGAAUUAAGAAGCAUAAGGCACUUUAGAGUUGAUUGCUACCAAAGUUCUACUUGUUCUCUGAAAAAUGUUUUUCCUGCUGGUCUGACUUUAUCAGGAAUACUCAAGUAUUAUUAUUAUAUUUUUUUUUAAAUCCAGUUGUACUAGAGAUUUAAGUGCUUCCUAUUAUAAAUUUGUUAAUCCCUGGUCAACACCCUCAGUGCAAGCUGGUGCUUAGAUGUAGCUUUUAGGGUCAUAGCUCAUAAUGCAUAAAUGUAUAAUGGAAGCAGAUGUAGAUACUGACACUUCAGAUUUCCCUUAAAAGGCACUACUGAUUGCAUGUGGAGUAUCUUUGGGUUUGGGAAAAAAAAAUGCUGCUCUGUUCUAUAAGCUUUCUGCAAAGUUUGAGACAUAUGAGUGCUUAGUAGGGAACUUUUAUUUCUCUUUGGGCUCCGCACAGAUCCUUCACAGUUUCCCAGCUGGUCAUUUUCUCUUAGCAGGUAGUCCAUGUUUUAGUAUCUAGAGUUUAGGCCUACAGAUAAAUAUAGUUUUUUCAUCCACUGUGCCUUCUUCCUCAUUCCUACUUUGUUACACAGACCUCACAGCAUGUGCUGUCUAUACUUGGGUACAGCCUGCUCCCCUCUUCACUUGUGCCUCCGUGCUGGCUGGCUGGGUUGGGACUCUUGCAACUCUGUUGGCAUUGCCACAAAGCUGGGCAUGGAAGUGUGCCUUGCAGAAAACAUAGCUUUGGCUUUUAUUUUCUUAAAUAUCCAGGGAUAUUUAGUUUAGAAACAGAGCAGAUGUCUCUGAAUAUGAAGACAUGACACUAACUGUAUGAACAAUCAGUAUUACCUACCUGUUGUUUGUAGAGUGUCAUUUGCACAAUUGAUGCCUGCUCUGGCAAACUUCUGACCACAAGAAGAGGGGGGGCGUGGGUUGUAAAAGAUGCUCUUCACCAGAUUCCAACUCCAUGAAGGUUUGAUGACUGAUGUGAAAGUUAGGUCUGAGUAAAGUGUAAGGGGAUGGGCUGGAGGCUUGGAAGGCGUUGCCUGUUUUUAGCCUCAGCUCAUCUGUGUGAGGAGACUGGUGCUGCACAGUGCCAGCGUCUCCAAGAAUGAUGGUGGAGGGUCCCGUGUGCACGUCUACACGUUAAUAGAGCACUGCGUAAAAUCAUUCUGCAUUGUGGCUGAUGAGCUGUCAGAUUCCCUCUGCUGCUUCUCACUGUCAGGCACGUGGGCACAUAAUUUGCCAAAUCCUAAAUAUGAAGAACUGUUCCUUUCUUUUGCUGUCCCUCCUACCCUUAGUGACCUGAACUCAUGAGAGUGCAUGAGACAGUGGUUACUGCACAUCCUGCUGUUUGUUAUCCUGAACACUACUGGCACAGAGAGUUGGAGAACUGAGUGUAGGAUUGCUGACCUGGUGGAGUAAGGUGGCAGUUACAUGAGUUACCUCAUUUGUCUUUUAUUCCCCUGUGCAUAGGAUCAAACCAACAUGUUGUACUAGAAGCCUGAAUUUAUCUGAGACUUUCUUAAUCUGGUAUGAAUUGGAUCUGUUGAUCAUCUUGGGCUGUGGCAGUCGAGGGCUGUUUGUGCAGACAGAAACUUAGGCUUUUAAAAAUGAGAAGAAUGCCAGGUUUGAAUUAAGUAUUACUUGUAUUAAGUAAAGUCCUCAUUGGAAACCUGAAAUACAGGAAUGCUUUAGUGGCUUUUAUGUCCUAUACUCCUGUCUGGUCAAGUAACAAAGGAAGAACUAGAGAAUUUAUUCUAGUACGCUGGUGUUUUAAAGUCUACAAUUUUUGUUUGUUUGGUGUUAAUUUUUAAGUCUGGUUUCAGGCCUAAAGCAGUGUUAGCUUUUCCUUUGGGAAAGUUCUUUCAUUCCCCUUACUUUGUGGGGAAUGAGGAGGCUCUUUGUUGUUGCAGUAGAGUGAAAAAAUAUAUGCUUUUGCUUUGUGAAUUAUCCUGGGCUCCUCUGAGUUUAAGAAAUAGACAAUCCAAACUGCACUGUGCUUCAUCAACCCUUGGUGCUACAAAUCCAAAAACUUCUUUAAAUAUGAGCUGGGAUGAGUGAGUUCUGUGGUACAAGAUUGUUGUUUGGGUUUCUUUUAUUAUUUCUUUUGUCAGGUUUCUCAUAUAUGGGGGAGGGGAAAGCCUGAAGUUCUGCUCCACUGUCUUCUGAAAGCCGUAUCACAUAGGCAGGCACAAAACUAAUUCUCAGCUCUGAUUCUUACCAUCCUUCAACCUUUUCCACACGUCAAAAACAUUGUUUCUAAAGUGAUUUAUUGAAGUUACUUCUUGGUAGCUAUAGCAAGUCAAGAAAAACAGGUGUGUGGAUGUGAAGUAUAGAUAUAUUGCCCUUGAGGUUAUACGCUUCUAAUUAAGAACAAAUGGUCACUGUACAACCUCAAUACAAAGUAAAUCAAAUAAAGGAUCCAUCACAGGUGCUUAAGCACCUACCUGCAUCAUGCUAGCAAUUCAACACUAACAAUCCUAUCAGACAAUCAUUUCCAAAGACAUCUUAGCUUGGAUUCCAGAGAAGGUGGUCUGAUCCCUUCUAUAUACGGCAGGAUCGUGGUCGGAUCCCUCUGAGUGACCUGUGUUGCUGGCAAUACACUGUUGGUGAAUGCGCAUUGUCUCUGCUUGCCCUUGCAGCCAUGGUGUAGCAACACAACUGGCUAACUGCCAGUCAGUAUUUUAAGUGAGUUUGUAAAGACACAAGAGAAAUAGUCUGUUCAUUUAUGAAGUUUUAGUAACUUCACAUUUCCUUUCUUCCUGUGCUCAUUUUUUUUUUUUUUUCUUGCACUGUUUAAACAGAACUGAAGUUUUGGAACAUUGCAUAGGUUUGAAUAUUGUGCAUAUUUGUAUGUCUAUAUAAAAUAUUUAUGUGAGAAGGUAUAUUGUAUGUUUCUAUUAAAAACUGGUUGCCAGAAGGAA